UGCGAAGGCUUUUCUGAACUUUGAAACCAUACGUCUAAAACACCGGGGAAAAAGCAGGUGCACCACCUUGCAACUCCCCGGGGGAUUAGCCGUGUGGUUACGGUUAAGGUUAUUUAAAACAUUUUUUAUACAAAUUGUCGAAAUGGGCGUGGUUUAUGACUAUGUGGUAGAAGCUAGUGACGGCCUCCCCCUUCGGGCUGAACAGAUGCCGCGUGUAUGUACUAGUCGGAACUAGGAAACUCUGACAUUUCCGACUCGCUAUGUUGUUGAACAGGACCCUGGUAAAACUAGCCUAGAAAGUCGUACAUUUCAGAGUUUCCUAGUUCCGACUAGAGCGUGAACGCGGCAAGACAGACCUGCGCGUGUGGCCUGUCGCUACUCACUACGUAGGCACAGAGUUUAAACUCUACUGUCUUUGACGUAUGUGUCGUUUGCCUGCAACUGGCUUUCACUGUAAAAACAUGGCGAGGCUUAGCGAGCAUGGGAUUCGUCUCAGUUCCAUGAGUCCGUCCUUCCUGAAUAGUAAUUCAACAAGUCAUACGUGGCCUUUCAGCGCAGUUGCAGAACUAAUAGAUAAUGCAUCAGACCCGGGAGUGACAGCCAGGCAGAUCUGGAUAGAUGUGGUGGAGGAGCAACAGCAGCUCUGUCUGGCCUUCACUGACAACGGCAGCGGCAUGACCCCCAGCAAACUGCACAAAAUGCUCAGUUUUGGUUUCACAGAGAAAGGUUCUGGUAAGGGAAGCCACCAGGCCAUCGGUGUCUAUGGAAACGGCUUUAAGUCUGGCUCCAUGCGUCUGGGUCGUGACGCUCUGAUCUUCACUAAGAACGGAGGCUGUCUGACCGUCGGCAUGCUGUCUCAGAGCUACCUACAGGCUAUAAAGGCACAGGCUGUCAUCGUCCCCAUAGUGCCCUUCAACCAACAAACCAAGAUGCUGGUAGUGACUGAGGACUCUGAGGCCAGUCUGAAUGCCAUCCUGACCCACUCUCUGAUCCACACCCAGCAGGAGCUGCUGCAGCACUUUGACUCCAUCCUCUCCAAGAAGGGCACCAAGAUCCUCAUCUGGAACAUACGCAGGAACAAAGAUGGUAAGCCGGAGCUGGAUUUCGAGACCGAUGAGUUUGACAUCCGGAUGCCAGAGAUCCACUCAGAGGAGACCAAGACUAGAGGCAGGAAGAAGAGUUUUCCUGGACCGCAGAGGACUGACCACACCAUCCCAGAGAUGGACUACUCCCUGAGGGCCUACCUCAGCAUCUUGUACCUGAAGCCUCGGACUCAGAUCAUCCUGCGACAGAAGAAGGUUCAGACCAAGCUGGUUGCCAAGAGCCUGUCACAGAUCGAGAAUGACGUUUAUAAACCCCAAUUCAAUAAAGACAGGGUUAAGGUCACCUUUGGGUUCAAUCGUAAAAACAAAGACCACUAUGGCAUCAUGAUGUACCACAAGAACCGCCUCAUCAAGUCCUAUGAGAAGGUUGGCUACCAGAUCAAGUCAUCAGGUCAGAGGGUAGGGGUCGGGGUUAUUGGGGUCAUUGAGUGCAACUUCCUGAAGCCGGCUCACAACAAGCAAGACUUUGAAUACACCAAAGAGUACAGGCUGACCCUGUCUUCCCUGGGGCUGAAGCUCAACGACUACUGGAAUGAGAUGAUGGAGAAAAGGGCGAGAGAACGAGAGUUCCUGGCAGCGGAGAAGAAGAAUGAAGAGGAAGAUUCAGAUGAGGAGGAGGAAGGGGAGGAGAGUCCAGUGUGGCUGCAGUGUGAGGACUGUCUGAAGUGGAGGCGUGUCCCAGAAGGCCACUACAGCUCUACCCCUGAACACUGGAACUGCAGCCAGAACCCCAACACCAUGCUCAGGAGCUGCUCUUUGCCAGAGGAAGCCGAGCAGAGUGAAGCAAAGUUAACGCCAAGCUACCCGAAGAAGACCUACAAGAAGGACCAAGGCCUGGUCAGAAAACGAGGCCGUCCGCGGAAGCACCAUGUCCUCCCCCAAGGCCUGUCUGAACCGGUCCUCCUCCGCCCCCUACCCUCUGAUACACUCCUCCCUCUAUCUGAGCCGGUCCUCCUUCGCCCCCUACCCCCUGAUGCCCCCCUUUCUCUGCUCACAGAGGAGACUGAGGACAGUGAGCUGAAUAAGACAGUGGCUACACUGGUGGCCACUUUGGAGGAUGAGGAGGACAACAUGGCACAGUCCAAGUCUGGGUCAGACACAUGCGCACCCACACGUGCAUGCAAACGCACAUACAGCAGAAACAAGCGUAAGUCAAUAUGGCCUCCCAGGGACAUGGACAAGAGACCACAACCAUGGGCGGAGCCACACCCGUUCGCUGAUGAGGUCCAAGAGGUGCAACAACCUGGGAAAGACGUCAACAAACCACAGACACUGACUGGACUGACAGACAAGACCAAGGGGGAGAAGGCACUACUGGGGGCCACCAGAGUAGGCCCUUCCCAGCCCAGCUCCAGCCUUGCCUGGCCUCCCUCCCUCCCCUCAGCCCAGACGGUGGUGGUGUCCCCCCUGAGUCGUCCGGAGGGCCCCUGGCCCCGGGCUCUGACCCUUGAGGGGGCUGGGUCAGACAGGGGAGCCCUGGUCCAGAGACUGGCUGGACUGGAGAAGGAGGCUCAGAGGCUGAGGAGGAUACUGGGGUCCACUGCACUCCCAGCGACGCCAGACAACGUGGUGAUGACAGAGGCUCCCUCUGGGGAUAAGGCAGCUGGUGGGAUGGGGGUGGAGACACCGGUGGCCAUGGUAACCAAACUGGACCAAAUGGAGUGUGAGAGCUCCGCGUCCCCCGGUGGCCCAGGGGUUCCAGGGCUGGUUGUGGAUGGCGUCCAGCCCCAGAAAGAACAGCCUGAGCUGGGCAGACUGAGGAGGGAGAAGGCUGACCCCCAGAGCAGGCUGAGACAGACUGACAGCCCAGUGACCAGGGACCAGAGCUCCCGCAUUGUGCUGGAGAAUCUCCACAAAAUCCGAGGGAAUGUGGUGGCUCUGCUGUCAGCCAUCCUGCCCCACCUGGACCUGCAGGGCAUCAGCAUGGACACACCAGACGUAGACAGCAUCCUGCAGCAGAUCAUAGACGCCAACUCACUGUCUCCACUCUAGAACCCACUCUCAGUGCUCUAGAACCCAAUCUCUGACCGCUAGAAACUCACUCUGACCGCUAGAGAAACUCACUCUCUGACCGCUAGAGAAACUCGCUCUCUGACCGCUAGAGAAACUCGCUCUCUGACCGCUAGAGAAACUCGCUCUCUGACCGCUAGAGAAACUCGCUCUCUGACCGCUAGAGAAACUCGCUCUCUGACCGCUAGAGAAACUCGCUCUCUGACCGCUAGAGAAACUCGCUCUCUGACCGCUAGAGAAACUCGCUCUCUGACCGCUAGAGAAACUCGCUCUCUGACCGCUAGAGAAACUCGCUCUCUGACCGCUAGAGAAACUCGCUCUCUGACCGCUAGAGAAACUCGCUCUCUGACCGCUAGAGAAACUCGCUCUCUGACCGCUAGAGAAACUCGCUCUCUGACCGCUAGAGAAACUCGCUCUCUGACCGCUCCAGAAACUCACUCUCUGACCGCUCCAGAAACUCACUCUCUGACCGCUCCAGAAACUCACUCUCUGACCGCUCCAGAAACUCACUCUCUGACCGCUCCAGAGACUCACUCUCUGACCGCUCCAGAGACUCACUCUCUGACCGCUCCAGAGACUCACUCUCUGACCGCUCCAGAGACUCACUCUCAGUGCUCUAGAACCCACACUCUGACCGCUAGAAACGCACUCUGCACUCUAGAACUCACUCUCUGCAUUAGUACUUAUUCUCACCAGUCUACAGUCGUGGCCAAAAGUUUUGAGAAUGACACAAAUAUUUAUUUUCACAAAGUCUGCUGCCUCAGUUUGUAUGAUGGCAAUUUGCAUAUACUCCAGAAUGUUAUGAAGAGUGAUCAGAUGAAUUGCUAUUAAUUGCAAAGUCCCUAUUUGCCAUGCAAAUGAACUGAAUCCCCCAAAAACAUAUCCACUGCAUUUCAGCCCUGCCACAAAAGGACCAGCUGACAUCAUGUCAGUGAUUCUCUCGUUAACACAGGUGUGAGUGUUGACGAGGACAAGGCUGGAGAUCACUCUGUCAUGCUGAUUGAGUUCGAAUAACAGACUGGAAGCUUCAAAAGGAGGGGGGUGCUUGGAAUCAUUGUUCUUCCUCUGCCAACCAUGGUUACCUGCAAGGAAACACGUGCCGUCAUUUCUUUGCACAAAAAGGACUUCACAGGCAAGGAUAUUGCUGCCAGUAAGAUUGCAUCUAAAUCAGGAGAGCGGUUCAAUUUUUGUGAAGAAGGCUUCAGGGCACCCAAGAAAGUCCAGCAAGCAUCAGGACCGUCUCCUAAAGUUGAUUCAGCUGCGGGAUCGGGGCACCACCAGUACAGAGCUUGUUCAGGGAUGGCAGCAGGCAGGUGUGAGUGCAUCUGCACGCACAGUGAGGCAAAGACUUUUGGAGGAUGGCCUGGUGUCAAGAAGGGCAGCAAAGAAGCCACUUCUUUCCAGGAAAAACAUCAGAGACAGACUGAUUUUCUGCAAAAGGUACAGGGAUUGGACUACUGAGGACUGGGGUAAAGUCAUUUUCUCUGAUGAAUCCCCUUUCCGAUUGUUUGGGGCAUCCGGAAAAAAAGCUUGUCCAGAGAAGACGAGGUGAGCGCUACCAUCAGUCCUGUGUCAUGCCAACAGUAAAGCAUCCUGAGACCAUUCAUGUGUCGGGUUGCUUCUCAGCCAAGGGAGUGGGCUCACUCACAAUUUUGCCUAAGAACACAGCCAUGAAUAAAGAAGGGUACCAACACAUCCUCCGAGAGCAACUUCUCCCAACCAUCCAGGAACAGUUUGGUGCCGAACAAUGCCUUUUCCAGCAUGAUGGAGCACCUUGCCAUAAGGCAAAAGUAAUAACUAAGUGGCUCGGGGAACAAAACAUCGAUAUUUUGGGUCCAUGGCCAGGAAACUCCCCAGACCUUAAUCCCAUUUGAGAACUUGUGGUCAAUCCUCAAGAGGUGGGUGGACAAACAAAAACCCACAAAAUCUGACUAACUCCAAGCAUUGAUUAUGCAACAAUGGACUGCCGUCAGUCAGGAUGUGGCCCAGAAGUUAAUUGACAGCAUGCCAGGGUAGAUUGCAGAGGUCUUGAAAAAGAAGGGUCAACACUGUAAAUAUUGACUCUUUGCAUCAAAUUCAUGUAAUUGUCAAUAAAAGCCUUUGACACUUAUGAAAUGCUUGUAAUUAUACUUCAGUAUUCCAUAGUAACAUCUGACAAAAAUAUCUAAAGAUACAGAGGCAGUAGACUUUGUGAAUUAAUAUUUGUCAUUCUCAAAACUUUUGGACACGACUGUACUGUAGGUAACAUGUUUCUUUGCUCAUACCAACCUGGAACCCCUGUCUCUAGUGCAAUGUCCACAACACAUUAUCCACACACUGUUUUACAUUGUAACGGAUUACCCUCCAAUAGCUCUAAUGACUCUCACAUUGCAUUAUCAUGACUGACUGUCACAUUGUAAAUACUUUAUCUCCAAUUGACUCUGCCACAGUUCAGAUGUGUUAUACUGUACUCACUGAGUGUGAGAUGUUUUUGAAAAGUUGUAAUACUGUACUCCGAUCAGCUUGCUAUGCUGUAAGUUUUACCUUCACCAUAUGGGAAGGAUCCAUAUUGGUAAUCAGCUGUCUCUGCUUCAAUUAUCCUUGUGUCAUUCAGAGACCAUGGCUUGUGUGAGAGAAGCUGAGAAGCAUAUUACUGUUUGUUUUUCAUCAUUGCUAUUGUUUUUAAUAUGUGAAAUUGUUUUGUCAUUUUAAUAUCUGAAAAUGUGCCAUGAGAAAUUCAAAAUACUGUAAGCCUGAACUUAACCAACCCUGUCGUUACAACGUUUUACCGUUUGUUUGCUUGUAUAUCUUUUUAAAGAAAAUCAACCAGA